CACAGUGCUUUACAACUAAGCAUGAAACUUUUGAAAGAUCCAGUAUUUCACUUGAAUUGCAAUUGCGUAAAUCCAAGCACUGUGCAAGGUUACAAGAAAAGCUGAGAUCAUGAAAAUCAGAAAUUUUGCACUUCUUUGUGUGUUGAUUCUGGUCUCUCUGACACUAGUAGUUGACGGUGAAACACAGAAGGAAAGAAGAAAAGAAAGACAAAACGGUGGAAAAGGUAGAAAAAAACAAACUGGAAAUAAUCAAGAGAAUGAGAAGAGACAGAAAUCCAAAGGAGGUAAAUCUUCAUUUAAAGGCAAGUUUACAACCAAAGAUAAUUCGGCAUGCACCUGGGCAGUGACUGAAGUAGACACUGUUACCCUAAAAGUAGAAUGCAAGAAAGGUGAAAGCAGCUUCCGGUGUGAUUUUUCAGGAAGUCCUUCCACCUGUCCUCAAUUUGCAGCAAACCAAAAACAAUAUUGGAAACAAAUCUCCCGAUCCCUAAAGAAACAGAAGAAUAUCUGUCAAGACCCAAAAGGUAUCCUAAAAUCUAAAGUAUGUAAGAAGGGACCACAAAGUGCCCAUCUCACUUUGACCAGCUCAAGCCUGAUAACGCUACAAAACUCCAUAAAAGACAAGAUUGAUCACCAUAGAAAAGAGAUCACACAAACUUCAGCACCUGCCAUUGCACCUGAAAAUCAGCCAGAGAAAAGUUCCAAUGACUGCGUUGAAGAUAUAGAUUACAUUGAUCAGCAAAAGGUGGCUGAAGAGUACUGUUCAGAAACAUGGAGAUCUUGGUGCAACUUCUUUAUCACAAUGAUACAGGAUAAAAAAUGCUGAUAAGAUAAUAGAAUUCUAGAGUAUUGGUAAAAUUCUUAGUUACUGAAAGUUUGGUCCUAUCUAUUUCUUGCAUACCUUUCUAGAUUUGCUUCUGAUUUUAUAUAGUGUAUAUACGAGCAAAAGAGAACAACUCUGCAAUUUCUGACUUGUAUUUCAUGCA